GAUCUGAGGAUCAUCUCUGCUCAAGGCUGCAAGGUUUCUUUCUCUUAAUGCGGUCAUCUCACUUGUGAUUUUAUCAUUGAGUUGAUGAGAUGUCUUGGUCUAGGUGGACAACUCCUCCCUGACAGUCGUCAUCUUCCUCAUCGGUAUCAUUGUCGCCAACGUGCCAGAAGGUCUCCUGGCUACUGUCACUGUGAGUCCUGUUCGUUCUGGUGUUCAGAAUGUUUAAUAUCAGACCCAGAAUGGUUCCACAGCAAUAUAUACAGUACAUGUGUCUGCAAAAUAGGAGAAAUAUGAAUUAACACUGGAUCUGAUUAGACGGGUUUUGAGUGUCUCAGGGGAAGGAGGCUGGUUACUUCAAACAUCUGAAGGAGAAACACUAAACACAUACUUUCAAAACAUGUUAAGCCGAAUCCUGCACCAUUAGAUGCUCUCAGGGAGCUUGACCUUGUGAUUUGAGAGAAAAAACAACUUUUUCGGUCCAACAAAAUGCAAGCGUGGCCAAACUGCACUUAACAUAAUUGAAGGCCUUUUCAGAAAUAAAUGGCUGUGGUUAAAUGGUGAGAUGUGGCCAGACAGAGCCAGUCAUUUAUUUCUCACUGAGCUCUGGCAGGAAGUAAACACAGCAUGUCUUAGUUAAAAUGCAAACAUGGCAGCAAACUAGAGCAGCAUCACUGGGUGAAUUUCCUCACAGAGGACCUUUGCUUCAUUGGUCUCAUGUCCAUGAUCGACCCUCCUCGCGCUGCUGUGCCUGAUGCUGUCGGCAAAUGCAGGAGCGCUGGGAUCAAGGUUAUCAUGGUCACUGGUGAUCAUCCCAUCACCGCUAAGGCCGUUGCUAAGGGUGAGGAAGCUGGAUCGCAGCCAUUGUCCUGCUGGUGCUGUGAUUUCCUCUCCAGGGACGCCAAGGCCUGCGUCAUCCACGGUGGCGAGCUGAAAGACAUGACCUCAGAACAGCUCGACGAUGUGCUGAAGCACCACACUGAGAUCGUCUUCGCCAGAACCUCCCCUCAGCAGAAGCUGAUUAUAGUGGAAGGCUGCCAGAGACAGGGAGCCAUCGUGGCCGUGACCGGUGACGGUGUGAACGACUCUCCGGCUCUGAAGAAGGCUGACAUUGGUGUUGCCAUGGGAAUCGCUGGAUCCGACGUGUCCAAGCAGGCGGCGGACAUGAUUCUACUGGACGACAACCAUGCCUCCAUCGUUACCGGCGUGGAAGAAGGUAUGAUGCAGGCCACAGCCGGCUUCUUCACAUAUUUCGUGAUCCUGGCUGAGAACGGCUUCCUGCCCAUGGAUCUGCUGGGGGUCCGAGUGCUGUGGGAUGACAAAUACGUAAACGACCCGGAAGACAGCUACGGACAGCAGUGGGUCAAUGGAGCUGGAGGUCGCCCUCAGAUUGUACCCUUUUAAAUGAGUAUAGAAUAGGAUCGGUGCUGGUGAUAAAUCCCAUCAAUCGCUGUUGUUCUUCUUAUUAUCUUGUUGAUUGUGAAUAAUAUCAUACAGUGGCUCUGGUCACUUGCACAACAGUUGUUGUCAUUAUUUCAGUAAACCUCCUGCUCCUGUCCUGGUUAUUGUUUCUACUCCUGCUGCUGCAGUUUCGCUGUUUCGCUUUCUCCCUUUGCUCACUGUCCUUUCCUUCCUUUGGGUGACUGCUAAUGUUUAACUAAUCAGAGCUUCUGUUUCUUUGCGUCUGCGUGACCGUCUCCUCUCAGACGUUGCCUUCAGUUUCAUAUGUCUGUUUCACAUGCACGUAUGAGGAUUUUCAUUAUGGGAAUUCUUUUGGCCAAUUUUUGUUCCGUUCAUGAUGAGCCACAGUUUACUGCAACAGUUCCAGUACAUAGGCUUGCAACACAUACCAAGACGAGAUCACACCCACAUGGAAACUAGUAAGCGUCAAUUAUAAAGUAGUAAAAGUUGUUUGCUGGCACAAAUCUGACCCUGCUGACAGAUUAAAUCUUGGGUUGUGGCUUUUUAUAUCCUUUAAAAAACAGCAACCAACUGUAAUGGCAUCAAACUACUUCAUAUGCGUGUCUGUGUGUGUCGGUGUGGUCUGCUGGAGCAGCAGCAUCACAGUGAGGGACAGGAAGAGACUGGACAGAGUCAUCAAGAAGUCCAGCUCUGUCCUGGGCUGCACUCUGGACACGGUGCAGGAGGUGGUGAGAGAAGGGUCCUGGCUAAACUGACAUCCAUCAUGGACCAGGACUCUCACCCACUGGAGGACUCACUGUCUGCUCUGUAGCAGCUUCAGUAGCAGACUCAUCCACCCUCGCUGUGGAUGAGUCCAGUCAUUAGGCCACUGAGGUGGUUCUGCGCCUUUCCUUUUUCCCUCCUCAUCUUUCUUUACGAUUAAGCCAAAAAAUACAUCAUCAGACGACACCCAGGAGGUAAGGCCUCUUUUUUUUGACAAGAUUGAGGGGCUCGGGAUUGUUUAGAAAUCUGCACCUGCAGAAGCAAAAGCUCCAGUGACGCCAAAAAAACUCAUUAAACUACUGCAGCUCACACAUUUCACAAAAACUGUGUCACUAAUCGGGUCUCCUUUGAUUUAUACGUUGGGUGGAUCAUAAGUGGACCUACUAUUAAUUCAACACAGCAUUAUUUUCAAGUUUUCGGACCGUCCAGCACAUAAAACUGGCAUAGUUUAAAAAAUAUAGUUAAAUAUUAACAAUAAAACUUUUACGCAUCA